AUGGGCUGUUCCUCAAAGAAGCGAAAUGACCCGCCUCCAUACCAACAACAUCCCACAACCUAUCAACAGACACAAGUUGACGACUUUGCGCCACCCACAGGGCCUCCCCCAGGCUGGGGAUGGGGAGAAGUGAAUAACCUGUCUACUUCUUAUUCAAGCCGGCCUCAGGGUCCCGGUUCUUACCAACGCCCCAAUUCUAGCCACUAUCCUUCCCAAAGCCACGAUAAUGCUCUCCAGCCCCAGCCCUUCGAUUACAACAACGGACAUCUCGCUCCUUAUGGAACGAGUCCUCAGCCCUCCGGUCCGUACCAACAACACUUACAACAACGACCAAACUCUGCGUCGUCAUGGCACAGUCAAUCAAAUUCACGCCCUGCAGCUUUAUCGAUGAUUUUCCCAACUAGCAUGUCCACAUGGUGGAAUUCAGACUCCAAUAUGGGCACCUUUGUCGAAUUUGGAAUGGAACCCAAGGGAGAGCCCUUGUUUUCGGGCAAGUUGAGCAUGUCCAGCGGAAAGAUUACUCUCCGGCGUGACAAAUUCAAGCGCAACGGCGAACAUCUCGGUGAAGUCAAGAUGAAGGGCUCAACGGGUACGAAAUACCUGAUCAAACUACCAAAUGGCCAUGAGGCCGAGUACAACGGCAGUUUUCAGUUCCCCUAUAGGGGAAGUAUGGAGUCAUGGAGUUGGGCCAGUACCUCAAAGUCGAUCGGGGACAAGCUCACUGAUAAAUUGAACCAAAAACUAACAGGCAAGGAAAAGAGCUUGCAGCUUGUUGGUAAAUCAACUGGCAUCGUGGCUGCUGCAGUCUCGGCUGAGGAGGAUUCAAUGAGCGACCUAUCAUUGACAUCGAGCAAAAAGCAUAUUGGGCGCUUCGAAUUCAAGGGCCCGGUGCUUUCGGGUGAACUGGGAAAUGAUUUUGCGACUCUCUCGAUAAUGGCGUUUCUUAGGACCAAGCACGGAGAGGCAGAGAAGCAAAUUGUCAAGGCCAUUUUCAAGGGUGUAGGAGGGAUAUAG